UGUGUGUGAAUCAAUGGUAAAUUUCAUUCCUAAAUAAAACAGUUCCAUUUGAAUUCCAUUGAAAAAUGCUUAAAUGUAGGUGCUUAAAUAUAGUCAUUUGUUACAAAAAAGGUAGCCAAAAAGAAAACGAAGGUUUACAAAAUAAACACAUUUCCUCAUUUAUAACCACUAGUCAUAUAUUUUUCAAAAGUACCUAAAUGGAGUUUGUACAAGGAACCAAACACAAUGAAAAGAAAGAGUGAUGCUUUCUAAUCCAUAGAGCACACUUCAGGAAAACAGCCUACAUAAAGACGAUCGUGGUCAGGGGUUAUAUAAUCGGUGUGUUUGUGCAGUUACCCAGGAACCAGAUAUAAUCACACUCUGUACAAAGAGGAGAGUAAUGAUCCUUUUUCCUCAAUGUUCUGGUGGAAACUUGAGAGAGGCGAAGGGUUAAACCUUGUGUGAGACACGGCUCCUCCCUGCCUGGCUGCUCUGUGGAUGUCACUUGAGCCCCGUGAAUUUCUCUUCUACCCCUCACCAUGUCUUCAGGACUGUCUCAGUGUCUCAUGAAAAGAAGCAGCAGUUGGCUGCUGCCAAGCACUGCUGCACUGACCCGGGUUGACUGCAGAGUAUGGGGGAGCACGUCUUCUGCCACCCAGGACUUCACCAGUUUCCAGUCCAAGCCCAGGACACUAAAGGACCUGCCCCAUGUCAGCUCUUUGGAGAUGAUCUACAGAGUAGUGUGCCAGGGGUUUUACAAGCGUUUACAUGAGUUACAGAUCUAUGAGAAGCAGAGAUAUGGUCCCAUCUACAGAGAUGGACUGAAGUCAGUGUCUGUGAACACACCACAGCUGCUGGAGGAGCUCCUGAGGAAUGACGACAAGUUCCCCUGUCGAGGAGACAUGUCUCUGUGGAAGGACUAUCGUGACAUGAAGGGACUCGGCUACGGACCGUUCACAGUGGAGGGCGAACAGUGGUACAACUUGAGGGCCACUUUGAACAAACGUAUGCUGCACCCCAAAGACUCUGCAGAGUACAGCGGUGCCAUCAGUGAAGUGGUCACAGACUUCAUCAAGAGAGUUGACUAUCUGCGCCAGUGCAGUCCCACAGGAGACCUGGUGACCAACCUGGCCAACGAGCUCUAUCACUUCUCACUGGAGGGGAUUGCGUCCAUUCUGUUUGAGACGAGGCUUGGCUGUCUGCAGAAGAAAAUCCCUGCAGGCACACAGGACUUCAUCAAUGCCAUAGGUCAGAUGUUCACAAACAGCGUGCCUGUCAUGAUGACGCCCAAGUGGAGUCGCCACAUGCUGCCCUACUACCAUCGUUACAUAGGAGGCUGGGAGGGAAUCUUUGACUUUGCCAGGGAGUUAAUUGAUAAGAAGAUGGAGGACAUCCAGCAGCGUGUAAAACGUGGCCAGAAUGUUGAGGGUGAAUACCUAACGUACCUCCUGUCAAACACACAGAUGAGCAUGAAGGAUGUUUACGGCAGCGUCGCUGAGCUCCUUCUGGCUGGAGUAGACACGACGUCCAAUACACUCACAUGGGCUUUACACCUGCUCUCCAGGAAUCCCCGAGCCCAGGACAGACUCUACAAUGAAGUUUCCACAUUUGUACGAGCAGAUCAAACCCCCUCUGCUGCUGCUGUCUCCCAGAUGCCCUACCUGAGAGCAGUUGUAAAGGAGACGCUCAGGAUGUAUCCUGUUGUUCCUAUGAAUGCAAGGAUCCUGUCGAAGAACGUCACCGUUGGCGGAUAUCAAUUUUCCAAAAAUACGCCUUUUAUACUGUGUCACUAUGCCAUCAGUCACGAUGAAGAUACUUUUCCAGAACCAUUCCAGUUUAAACCAGAGAGAUGGCUCCGUGAUGGACACAAGUUGCCAAAUGCAUUUGGCUCCAUUCCAUUUGGCUUUGGAGUGAGGGGUUGUGUUGGUCGAAGGAUCGCUGAGCUGGAGAUGUACAUGCUUCUCUGCCAGCUCAUCCGACUUUUUGAAAUCAAACCAGACCCGACAAUGGGAGAGUUGAAGUGUAUCUGCCGCACCGUUCUGGUUCCAGACCAGUCAGUAAACCUCCACCUAGUGGCCAGAGAAUGUGACAAAGUUGGCUAACUUGCGUCCAUCAUAAUGUAAGAAAAAUUGCAGCAAAUGCACCUUAUACCUUAUGCACCAUAUUGAGGCUCCACGAUGAUUUGUAUAGGGGUGGGGGAGAGGUCCCAGGGAAAAUGCAGCAUAUUUUUUCUUUUUUUGUUUUGUUUUUUGGAUCUGUCAACAGUUGCAUAAACCAACAAAUAUAAUAUUAAAUAUUUUAAUAAUUACAAUAUUAAAAAGUAGAUUUACUGUUUGACCUGGCUUUUUUCUGACACUAGAUGUAGAUGUAAAAUAAACUUAACACUUUAGUACAAAUUUAGCCACAAAGUGGCAAAGAAUUAAGGGUCAAAGAAUGAAAGAGGCUAAAAAUCAAAGUGAUCUGACUGGUUUGUAAGUUUGUGCUGUUUAAUAAAAAAAACCAACCCUCAAUUGUUACAUUUUUGGCAACAAUUAGUGAUGUAUAAAAACCAAACAGCAUGUGGCAGCACAGUGAUAAGAACCAACAAACAACAAAUUCUCCAGAUAUUUAUUGAUUUAUAGCUGAGCACCUGACAAAUCAACGAUGUACAAAUGUAUUACAAAUUCUGUGUUUUUAACCCCACUGUUAUCUUUGUUGUUAACAUUAUGCACGUAACAACCAUUUCGUGCAACAAAAUUCCAGCUUUUUAAGGUUUAAUAUUAAAAAAAACAAAAAACUUUAUGGAUAAGUCUGAGUAAAACAAAUAGAAAUUUAAAACUUU